GGCCAGGGUUGUGCGACCUCGAAGCCUUCAAGAGUGCGAUAACCACAGCAGAAGGAUAAGGAUCGAGAGGCGUUGUAUUCCCAAAUUCAUUCGUCCCCACGCUUCCCAAUCUCUCCAAACCAAACUCUGUCUCUUUAUAUCGUCACUCUCGCAUCACCAUCGCCUUCUCGCUUCUUCUCAACCGACCCCAGCCUUGGCCUCCUUUCCUCUCCCUCUCACAUAGUUGGUUGGAGAUCGGGCCUCAAAGAAUGGAGCGCAGCGCCGAGGCUUCCCGACGUAUUGCGAGGAUCACUUCUCACCUCCAGCCUCCCGAUUCCCAGAUGGAGGACACCUCCUUGCUGGGGCGUGAGAAUUGCCGUUCUAAGGGAGGGGCACCUGGAUUUAAGGUGGCAAUAUUGGGUGCUUCUGGCGGGAUAGGUCAGCCUCUUGCACUGCUGAUGAAGAUGAAUCCUCUGGUGUCGGUCCUGCAUCUCUAUGAUGUUGUCAACACACCUGGUGUCACUGCAGACAUCAGUCAUAUGGACACUGGCGCUGUGGUACGUGGCUUUUUGGGUCAACCCCAACUGGAAAGUGCACUUACAGGAAUGGACCUUGUCAUCAUUCCGGCUGGUGUCCCCAGAAAGCCAGGAAUGACAAGAGAUGAUUUGUUUAAGAUCAAUGCAGGAAUUGUGCGGACACUUUGUGAAGGAAUUGCCAAAUGCUGCCCUAAUGCAAUUGUGAAUUUGAUCAGCAAUCCAGUAAACUCUACUGUUCCUAUUGCAGCAGAGGUUUUUAAGCAAGCUGGAACCUAUGAUCCCAAGCGUCUUUUGGGAGUGACAACUCUUGAUGUAGUGAGAGCCAAUACGUUUGUGGCAGAAGUACUGGGAAUUGACCCCAGGGAGGUUAAUGUUCCUGUGGUUGGUGGCCAUGCAGGUGUUACAAUAUUACCUCUCCUCUCACAGGUUAAUCCUCCAUGUUCCUUCACCACAGAAGAAAUUAGAUAUCUGACUGAUCGCAUUCAGAAUGGGGGAACAGAAGUAGUUGAGGCAAAGGCUGGAGCAGGCUCUGCAACCUUGUCAAUGGCAUAUGCUGCUGCUAAAUUUGCUGAUGCUUGCUUGCAUGGAUUGCGAGGUGAUGCUGGUAUUGUGGAAUGCUCAUUUGUUGCUUCUCAGGUAACAGAGCUACCCUUCUUUGCAACAAAAGUGAGGUUAGGUCGUCGUGGAGUUGAGGAGAUCUUCCCCCUGGGACCAUUAAACGAGUUUGAAAGGGCUGGCUUGGAGAAGGCAAAAAAAGAGUUGGCAGGAAGCAUCCACAAGGGUGUUUGUUUCAUUAAGAAGUGAUAGAAGGGUUGAAAUAUAUCCUAAAAGUUAUUUUACCAAAAAAAAAAAAAAAUCCUAAAAGUUAUGUAUACCUGCAUGUCCACUGUGGAGAAAUAACUUUUCUAGUGUCAUGAUGCUGCUACUUGAUAUAAUAGUGCAAGCAAUCACUUACAAGUUCACAUGGAACUCAAAAUAGGUUACAUUUUGGAGAGGAGAUAGGUUUGCUACUAUGUGCACUGUUUCCAUGUGAACUCUGAUGUGAAAUGAAUGCAGAGGCUUGUACAGUGUAAAUCCGAAGAGAGACAAGAAGUUUGUCUUGUUGUAGUA